GGUUGGGCGGGAAGGUGUUUUGGCAUCUCUGAAGCAAUUGUGCUCAGUUUGAAGGUCUCCAACCACAGAGACAUCAUGUCUGCUUUGUUCUCUUUAUUCUUCAUCUUACUGGCUUUGGGAAAAGCAACAGCAACCUUGAACUAUAGCUUAGCAUACUCGGCGUACCUGGAUGCAGGUCAGCAAGUGAACCUGAAGUGGGGUUUUGAUAAUCCACAAGGAAACAUUACAUUCCAACUGACAGUGAACACAACCGGAUGGCUGGGCUUUGGGUUCAGUGCAAACGGAGACAUGGAUAACGCCGACAUCGUCAUGGGGGGAGCUGGAUCCAGUGGGAACUAUUUUAAGGAUUAUUUUUCCACAGGAGAAGCCAUGCCUGUAGCGGACACCAAGCAGAGCUACACUCUUCUCUCCAUGUCUGAAAACAAUAGUCAAACCCUGAUGACAUUUCAGAGGCCUAUAAAUACCGCUGACAACCAAGACUUUCUUAUCACCAAUCAACCCAUUCUUGUGAUCUAUGCCUACGGACUAACAGAUACGAUUCAAUACCACGACAACCGUCGAGGACACAAGCAGCUGAAUUUGCUCAACUAUACAGGAUCUGACAAAACGACAACCUUGUCUAACUCGAUGUACCUGGAUUCAAAUGAACUGGUCAACCUGAAGUGGGGUUUCGACAAUCCACAAGGAAACAUUACAUUCCAACUGACCAUCAACACAGUGGGAUGGCUGGGCUUUGGUUUCAGUGCAAACGGAGGCAUGGAUGACGCAGACAUCGUCAUGGGGGGAGUUGGAUCCAAUGGGAACUAUUUCAAGGAUUACUAUUCCACAGGCGAAGUCAUGCCUGUAGCGGACACCACACAAAGCUACACUCUCCUCUCCGUGGCUGAAAACAACGGUCAAACUGUGAUGACGUUUCAGAGGCCAGUGAACACAAACGACAACCAAGAUUUCCAAAUCACUGAUAAAUCCAUUUAUAUAAUUUAUGCCUACGGACUAACAGAUGAGAUUGCAUACCAUGAGAAGCGUCGAGGCCACAAGCAAGUGAAUCUGUUCAACUACAGUGCAGCAAGCCAACUUUGCACUUCCUGGAUCGUGAUUGUGGGAGCAUUCGUCCUUUUGCUGCUCUGGAUUGAUAUCAUGUAACAUGAAUUCACAAGCAGCAGGUCAUUGUCCAAUUUUAUAAGAGGAAAAAAGAGAAAUAUUUAUGAUUAAUAAGCUAAAUUAAGCAUAUGUCAAGUAGGAUUCUGAUUUUUUUGGUACUCAUAGUGAAAUUUAUAACUUAAGCAUAGGUUUGGUGUCCUGGGUUUAAACUCGAAAGCUUUAGUUGUUGUUUUGUGAUUGUUUUCCAGCACAUUUUACUGUAAACAUCAUGUUCAUAAUGAGUUAAUUACUAGUCUGCUCUAAAUGACAAUAUUUAAUGAGGUGAAAUGGUUGAUCUUCAUUUUUUAUGUAUUAGUGCUACUAUCACCACUGCCCUGGCUCUGAAAAUCUAGUUUUAUUUAAUAGUUAUUUUAUAGUUUUUUUAAAUAAACAAACAUACAUUGUAGAUAAAAAACACAUCAAGACAGUCUUACUAAUUAGAGGACAUAUCUGAAUACUGGUUUAGCUUUGUCUGCUGUGGAUUUUCCAGUUGCUGAAACACAUUUUUAUACAAAUAAAACCUCUCUGGAGAUGGAAUUAA